CACGUCUCUCUCUCUCUCUCUCUCUCUCUCUCUCUCUUUCUCUUUUUGUCCGACGACGAUCGCUAAGAAUUAUCGCCGGAGAUUCCUUUAACCGCCAGAUUCUCGUUGGAAGAUCGAUCGAUAUAUAAUGAAUCCUGAAUAUGACUAUCUGUUCAAGCUUUUGCUUAUCGGUGAUUCUGGUGUUGGAAAAUCCUGCUUGCUUCUAAGAUUUGCAGACGAUUCUUACCUUGAUAGCUACAUAAGCACCAUUGGUGUUGACUUUAAAAUCCGCACUGUCGAACAAGAUGGAAAGACCAUCAAACUCCAGAUCUGGGACACAGCAGGCCAAGAACGUUUCAGGACAAUCACUAGCAGCUACUACAGAGGAGCUCAUGGAAUCAUUGUCACUUAUGAUGUCACUGACCAAGAGAGCUUCAACAACGUCAAACAGUGGCUAAAUGAAAUUGACCGUUACGCUAGUGAGAAUGUGAACAAGCUACUGGUUGGGAACAAGAACGAUCUCACAUCACAGAAAGUUGUGUCCACUGAGACAGCUAAGGCUUUUGCAGAUGAACUUGGGAUUCCAUUCUUGGAAACAAGUGCUAAAAAUGCAACCAAUGUAGAAGAGGCUUUCAUGGCCAUGACUGCCGCAAUUAAGACAAGAAUGGCUAGCCAACCAGCUGGAGGUGCCAAGCCACCGACGGUCCAGAUUCGCGGGCAACCAGUGAACCAGCAAUCAGGCUGCUGCUCAUCUUGAUUCAAUUAGUCACCAAUUCUCUUUGGAUCAUCACUCCAUUAUAAUCAUUUGUUUGCAUUGCAUGUAUGACUUCUCCAAUUAACAACUCCCCCUCUUUUCCUUCUUUGGUUUUCAUUUAUUUUAUUUUCAAAUUCUUUUUCUGAUGUAUUUCGAAUGCUUGAAACACAUAUAUUACUUUAGUAAAAAAAGUCCCUUUAUGAAGGCA